UGGACAUGUAGCGUGAGAACUAAACCUCUGUCGUGGUAAGCCACUAAAAUUAUGAGGUUGUAUGUUAUUGCAGCAAAACCCAGCUCAUCUUAACUGAUGGAGCAAGGGAACUGCAGCUGCUCCCUCAUGUCCCAGCCUGGGCCCACGCUGCAGUCAAAGCUGUUGGUAACCUGGCAGCAUGGUAUUUUCUAGAUACAGCCUUAUUUCUUUGAGGUCAUAAGCCCAUGGCCGAGUGGGCUGUUCCUAACUUCCAUGAAUGUGUUAUGAUCAGACUCUUAAACUGUAAGGAACCCCUAUCACUCUCCUGAUUUAGCUCUCCAGAGAGAGCAGCUAUCCCUGCAGGGAGGAGACUGGCCCCACUAAAGCUCUCCUCCCAGCAAUCACAUGGCUACAUCGUUGUUCUGCUGGUGUGUGCUCUGGAGGAAGGCGAGAGAGGGUGAUCUCAAGGUAAGAAAUCUGGGAUCAGGAUUUUGGCAGAAGAAAAGUACUGGAUCUCAAAUGGUACCUCCUGCGUGUAGGCACUGCAGGGUGUUAGGGAUGAACUGGACACAGCCCUUUGAUUUCCACAGCUCACAGUCUAUUGUGUGAGAGAGAAUGACACACUAACUGCUAGUGGCUGUGUGAGCGUCAUGUUUUCGGGAUGGUCAGUUCUGUGGACUGGGAAGGCGGGCCCCGCAGAGGAGGUGCGUGUGAGCUGAGCCUUGGAGGAUGAGUGGAAGAGAAAGGCCACUCCGGCUGAGGAAAGUAUGAGAAGAGAGACGAGACAGGAGUGUGUGGGAUUUGUCCAUCAAUGGGGAGUGGUCUGAGGCUGAGCAGGGGUGGAUGAAGGUACAGGAGUUGAGGUAGGAGGGCAGACCAGAGCCUGGUGACAAAAGCCCUCAGUUGCCUGUGCCAUUCCCACUUGAUUUUUUUGUUGGAGACAAGGGUGGGGAAGAGAAAUGCAGAGUCAGGCUAUUUCCCACCUUUUACCUUCCUGAAAACACCCUCCACACCUAUGUCCAGUGUCAAAAUUUGAGGUUAAAAGGUCUUUUUUGGGCAACACACCCAAAAAAGACCAAGGCCUUAUAAUUGAAUCUGAAAUUAAGCUUUGGGCUUAAUCCAGCCACUUGAAGUCACAACCCAGGAAAGAUGCUUCCUUUUAACUUCUUCUUUCCAGACCUCAGGUUUUACUUUACAUCCCAGACUCAAAGAGAAUCUCAGAGGUUUCUAAAGCUGAGAGAGGAAGGGAUGUGACCAAGGUCACCAGAGAGCAAGGAAAUGAGUGUAAACUGUUAGGCCAGAAGCUGCAUCUGCCUCUGCUGUAUUCCCAGCACCCAGCACAUAGCAGGUGCUCAAUAACAAUUUGAUGAAUGAGGGAACGAAUGAACCAUCACAAUCAGGCAAUUCUUUACCUGUCAAACUUCAGCAAAAAAAUCGCUACCUUUAAAUGUUUACAUGGAUAAGAUUUACGGUCAUUGGCUGACCCAGAUUUAUCAACUACCCCUGUAUGUUCCAGAAACGCCCCUAACAAUCGCCUUGAUUUAGGCUGGAGGAGGGAAAACCAGCACAGGCUCUGGGGAGAGAGGGGUCAUGACAGAUGCUGGAGCUCUUGUGCGGGGAGGUGAUGAGCACAGAUCCAGCAGGUGCCUGCGGCUGAGGACACAGUCUGAUCUGGAGUCUUGCUGCUGGGUGGCUCACCAGCACUUUUCUGUGUGUCUCAUCUGGCUACACAAAAUUCCCGUUUUUCAGAAGGCAACUGAGUCUCAAAGACCAAGCGACUUGGUCAACAUCACACAGCUAGUUAGAGCUGGAGCUGGGAUGCAACGCUGGGUUUUCAGAAUCCUGCGCUGAGUAUCUGUUGAGUGACUGUCCUUGGCAGCACUCGCUGUACAAGGUGCCGAGAGGAAGGAGACAGUCCCGCUCUCGAGGGUGGUAGAGGAGACAGGUGCACAACACGAGAGCACAGAGGAUGGUCAGGGGCUGUGGGAGCACAAGAAGGGGGCAGGUGACUCUGCAGGGUGCAGGAGGGAGAGGAGGAGAGAUGAGCUGGACUCUGAAGGAGCAGGAAUGCCCCCACUGGGGAAGAGAGGGAGGACUGCCUAUAAAAGGGAACUUCUUGGGCCAAGAUGUAGUGCUGGGAAAAUACAUGGUUUAUUCAGGAGAGGGUGAGCCCAUUGGCCCCUACAAAUGAUAGAUGCAACUAGGCAGGAGGAAUGAGGGGGAAGAUCCAGUCCUGGAGGACGGACAGGGUUCCAAUGCUGUCACAGGACAUAGGCCUCACAGUAAAGCUAGGCGUGAAGGGAGUGAGGGAAGGGGUAGUUAUAUAUCUUCUGAAAUGUUAAAGUUCACCCUCAGCUCCUAUUUCUCCCUUACACCAGGGAUCACUGGGGCUACAAGACAGCUUUCCCAUCUAACACUUGACACUUCACUCCCUCGUGACACUGGCAUUUCCCAAAGAGGCUGAGACCAGCUCAGAAGAGCAACGGAAGCUACCUGGGCGAAGACCGCAACCUUUCCCACCCUCCCUGUAUAAAGCUAGUCAAUGACUGAUGACGCCUCUACCACAUGAGACCUGGUUUCCCUCUUUGUGUGAGAUUACUGCUGAUAUUAUUCAUCCUAAAAAGCAAUAUGGAGGCCAAGAAGAGAGUCACUUGGUUUUCAGGACCAGGGUUAAAUGCUGUGACCAGUGGCUCUAUUGGGAUAUGUAUGUUCUUGUACGUUCUUUUAAAAAUCAAUGGAUGGUCUGUGAUUCCUUAAGGAGGAAUGGCCAGAAUAAGGCUUACACAUCCUAUGGAGUGGAAAUGUUCAAUCUUUGUGCCCAAAGGAACGCUAAGUGAGCAUCACUCAUCACCCACCUCCCUCCCCGAGCUCAUCUCUUAAGAAAGAGGGGCAGCACUUGUGACAGGUGCGGCAUCUUUUUAUCCACUUAUUUUUCAUACAACUAUAGCCCCAGCACCUAAACAAUACCUAGCACAGAGGAGGCAUUCAACAAAUAUUCAGUGAGUGAAUGAAUCUGAAACACUAUGGGCAUAAUUCAGCCGUAUGAAGUCAUAACCUAGAAAUGAUGCUUCCUCUUAACAGGCAAGAACGCUUUAGAUUCCAAAGGAGCACCUGAAACAUGAACCCUACUCUAUCAUCUCCCCUGAGCCCACCCGGGGGAGAAGACAGAUGAGCCUAGGGGAUUAGAAUGGGUCCCGCCUCCCCUAAGUUACACCAGAACUGCAGAGCUGAGAGGGCCGGCUUGCAGACCUGAAGUCCACUCUCUUAUUAUACAGAUGGUGAGACUAAAUUCCAGAGGCAGGGCUGACCCGCUCCAGGUCAUACAUCCAGGUUGCUUGGCUCCCAGGCCAGCUGGUGCUUUUUCCAACACCCGUGUGGUCCAGAUGGGAAAGGAGGGAGAAUGAGAUGGAUGGGGCCAACCAGACGGCCGUGACAGAGUAUGUCCUGCUGGGGCUACACGAGCACCACAACCUAGAGAUGGUGCUGUUUGUACUCUGCCUGGGCAUCUACUCUGUGAUAGUGCUGGGGAACGCCCUCCUCAUCGGGCUGAACAUGCUGGACCCCCGCCUGCAAAGCCCCGUGUACUUCUUCCUCAGCAACCUCUCCCUCAUGGAUAUCUGUGGCACAUCCUCCUUUGUGCCUCUCAUGCUGGUCAAUUCCCUGGAAACCCAAAGCACCAUCUCCGUCCCUGGCUGCACCCUGCAGAUGUUCCUGACCCUGGCACUGGGCUCCACGGAGUGCCCGAUCCUGGCCGUGAUGGCGUGUGACCAUCACGUGGCCAUCUGCCAGCCGCUUCAGUACUCAGGGCUCAUGAGCAGGCAGACGUGCGUGUGGAUGGCGGCACUGAGCUGGAGGACAGGCUUUGCCAACUCCCUGCUGCAAUCCACUCUCACCUGGAGCCUCCCCUUCUGUGGCCACAACGUCAUCAACCACUUCUGUGAGAUCUUGGCAGUGCUGAAACUAGCCUGUGGGGACAUCUCUCUAAACGCGCUGCUAACAAUGGUGGCCACUACUGUCGUGACGCUGGCCCCAUUGCGGCUCAUCUGCCUGUCCUACAUUUUCAUCCUUGCUGCCAUCCUGAGGGUGCCCUCUGCUGCCGGCUGGAAGAAAGCCUUCUCUACCUGCUCUGCCCACCUCACAGUGGUGGUGGUUUUCUAUGGGACCACCUCCUUCAUGUACUUCAAGCCCAAGGCCAAGGACCCCAACUUGGCUAAGAUUAUCGCAUUGUUCUAUGGGGUUGUGACACCCUCGCUGAACCCCAUCAUCUACAGCCUGAGGAAUACAGAGGUGAAAGCUGCCGCCAUAGCUCUGCUGAGGGGAGACCUGCUCUCCAGGGAAAUGUCCCAUUUUUCCUGUUGCUCUCUAUCAGGCAGGACAGGCUAGGGUACACUCUGGUCAUGAUUUCAAAAUUUCAGUGGCUUAAAACCACAAAGGUUUUUUCUCACUUACGCUGCAGGUCCAUCAGAGGUUGGCUGGGGGAUGUGCUCUGCACCAUCGCCUUCAUCCCUCUGGGACUCAGGAUGAUAAAGCAGCCACCAUCUGGCACAUUGCUGGUCCAAGUGGCAAAAGGCAAAGAGAAAAUGACAAAGCCUGCACUGAUUCUUAAAGCUUCCGCUCAGAAGUGACCUGUUACUUCCACUUCCACCUCACUGGCCAAGGCAAGGCGCACACCAGGGCUGACACCGAGGGGGAGGGAACACCCACCUACCACGCAUCUGGAAGGAGGGGGAGGACUGAAGAAUUUGUGAAGAGCCUAGUGACAACCACCCACCCUACAGUCAACCCAGGGGCUACUGGAGAUUUCUAGAGCUUCCUUUUCUUGGACCAACUGUCCUUCACCGGCUGCUGCCAGGUUCAUCAUCCCAGGAGAGUGCUGGUUAGCUCUCUUGUGGUGGCUUUGGACUGGGUCGAGCUAACUAGGGUGGAACCGGGCCUCCCCGAGUUUCCUUCCCUGUAAGGUUCUGGGAUCGGGUGGACCACGAGAGAAAUCCGCAUGAGAUGGGAGGCGAAGGCGAAGCAGCACCGUCGUGGUGGGAGCCCUCACUUG